AUGUUACAAAGCCUAAUUCUUCUUCAACUUUUCUUACUGAUUUCCUUAACCACUGCAGCUGCAAAACGUCUUAAUACUAUUCCAAGACUCAGUCCAAUAGGACCAAGAGUUUGGCGAGACCAACCUGAUCAAAUAUUGGAUGAAUCUGCUCGAGAAGAUUUCAAAACCUUUUUUUACAACCAGACACUUGAUCACUUCAACUAUAAGCCUGAAAGCUACGUCACAUUUCCACAACGAUAUUUGAUCAAUUCUAAGUACUGGGGUGGUGCCAAUGAUAGUGCACCAAUCUUAGUAUAUCUUGGUGCAGAAGCAGCAAUUGAUGGAGACCUUGAUUCUGUUGGAUUUCUCGUUGAUAACGCUGUUCAAUUUGAUGCUCUCUUGGUUUAUAUUGAG